AUGGCACCAAGAAACCAAACACAUGUUUUAAAGUUUAUCCUCUUGGGACUUUCAGAAGAGGCAGUGCUGCAGCCUUUCAUCUUUUGGUUGUUCCUGUUCAUGUACCUGGUCACCUUCAUUGGGAACCUUCUCAUUAUUCUGGCAAUUAUCACAAACUCUCACCUCCACACACCCAUGUACUUCUUCCUCUCCAAUCUGUCCAUUUCAGAUAUCUGUUUCAUAUCCACCAUAGUCCCAAAGAUGUUGCUGAACACCCAGACACAGAGUCAAGUUAUCACCUGUGAAGGCUGCCUCAUCCAGAUGUAUUUUUUCAUGAUUUUUGAAGGAUUAGACAGCAUCCUCUUGACAGUGAUGGCCUAUGACCGGUUUGUAGCCAUCUGCCACCCCCUGCACUACACAGUCAUCAUGAACCCCAAGGUCUGUGGCAUCCUGCUUCUGGCAUCUUGGUUAUUGAGUGCUCUUGACUCUUUGUUACAUGGCUUAAUGAUUUUGCAACUCUAUUUUUGUACAGAGUUGGAGAUCCAUCAUUUUUUUUGUGAACUUACUCAGGUGGUCCAACUUGCUUGUUCUGACAUCUUCCUCAAUGAUCUAGUGAUGUAUUUUGCAAGCGGACUUCUGGGUGUUGUUCCACUCACUGGUAUUCUUUUCUCUUACUCUAAGAUUGUAGCCUCCAUUUUGAGAAUUUCAUCAGCAAUGGCCAAGUAUAAGGCAUUUUCCACAUGUGUGUCUCACCUCUCAAUUGUCUCCUUGUUCUGUGGUACAGGCAUUGCAGUGCACCUUUGUUCAGCUGUUACCCAAAACUCCAGGGCAAGUGCAAUAGCUUCAGUGAUGUACACUGUGGUCACACCCAUGAUGAAUCUCUUCAUUUAUAGUCUUAGAAACAAGGACAUAAAACAGGCCCUCAGAAAACUCUUCAGCUGA